AUGUUAUCGCGAUUAGGAUUAAUUUAUAAUAAUGCGAGGCAAUUCAAGCCGAAUACGACUAGUCAAAUCGUAGCAAGAAGUUCGAUAUCCAAUAAACAUGGAGUUUUACAUCAAGUACCCCACCGGACAUCGCUGGGCAUCCUGAAAGUACUGGUCACCGUUACAACGGGCCUACUUAUCGGAGCAGCAAUCAGCAAGAACAUAGCCAAUUUCCUAGAAGAAAACGAUUUGUUUGUGCCCUCUGAUGAUGAUGACGACGACGAUUAG